GGACUUAUUGCGCUGCCCAGUGAUCGCUUCAAAAAAGCGAUCGGUCAUUGGACAGCGGUGGUGAGUACACUGAGGGUGAAAAAUGCAAACUCUUCGAAAUGUCAAUGGCAUUUUGAAGUGAGGACUGGCGAAGUAAUGGCCGAACAAGUGAGGACACGAAGGAAUUGA